ACAUCCACAACAUCUUCCUCUUCCACAUUUUCAGGGUACAAUGGCUACAAUGGCUAGAAUGGGUGUUUUCACUGAUGAAAUAGAGCACACCACAAAGAUCCAGCCAGCUCGGUUGAUCGGGGCCUUUGCCUGUGCCCCAACGGACAUUCGGAAUGUCGAACUGAUUGAAGGAGAUGGAGGCCCCGGAAGAAUUAUAAAGAUCACCUUUGGAGAAGGAAGCCAAGUCGAGUAUGUGAAGUAUAAGAUUGAGAGUCUAUUUGGUGGAGCUUCUAGUGGCUUCAGCUCUGAAGCAGUCGACGAGAAGGGCUUGUCAUUCAACUAUGGUCUCAUUGAAGGCGAUGCUCUGAUGAACAAUCUUGAGAAAAUCUCUUACGAAAUCAAGUUUAUGGCAGGUCCAGAGGGAGGAUCCAUUUGCAAAAUCAGCAUCAGCAACCAUUUUACCAUUGGUGACAUUUAUAUCAAGGAAGAAGAUGUCAAAGCGGAGAAAGAAAGGGCCUUGGGAUUGUUCAAGGCAGUAGAAGCCUACCUCCUCGCAAACCGUGAAGCCUGUAAGAUGAAAGUUGAUUAAGCCUUUAUUUGGCUUGUCUGAGUGUUUUACACUUCUGGAUAAAUUAUAAAGGAAGGAUUUGACA